AUGUUGGAAGAAAGAGUUCCGUUUUUAGAAAUAAAUGAAAAUAUAAACAAUAGAAGACGCGGGUAUUUACUAAAUAACAGUUUGAAUGUAGAUAGCGGCCCAAUUGGUUUAACGCAUAUACACAGCGGGUCAACAACCGCUAUAAGCGAGGUCAAUGAACUGGCUCGCGCUGAUAAGGACGUACCUGUCGCAUUCUCACGCGAUAUUCCUGUCUCGGUCGCACCACUAACUGUACAUCGCUGCGAGGCAAGUUCUCCAGUGAACAUGAUUACUAAGCGUAUAUUCUCUUUGAUUUUGGGUAUAAUAAAAAGUAGUAGUCUGCAGUUUACAGACUACUGCAGCCUGCAACUGCGUUGGUGCAUGUAUAAACUUUUGAGAAUAAGACUUCAAAAAAACCAAAGAAGGAACUGCUCAAGCUUAACCUAUCAAAUUAAGUCAAUUAGACAAACUCAUAACAAAAUGGAGAUUUGCAAAAACAAUUUGGUAACACAAGAAAAUUCUAAGUUGUCAAAAAAAUAUUACCGAAGAGCUGAACACAGAAUCUUCGUGAACAGGUCACUGCACUUGGAAAAUGUGAAAUUCUACGGUUUUGAUAUGGAUUACACAUUGGCUGAAUACAAAUCGCCGCAGUAUGAAACACUUGGAUUUAAUUUAACCAAAGAGAGAUUAGUUAGCAAGGGAUACCCGCGUGAAAUAUUAGAAUUUGAAUACGAUCCUUCUUUUCCCGUUAGAGGUCUGUGGUUCGAUACUUUAUACGGAAACCUACUAAAAGUAGAUGCUUAUGGUAACAUUCUAGUUUGUGUGCAUGGAUUUGAAUUUUUAAAACACUCGCAAGUCUACGAGUUAUAUCCAAAUAAAUUUUUGACGUUAGAUGAAUCAAGGGUUUAUGUAUUAAACACAUUGUUUAAUUUACCUGAGACUUAUUUAAUAGCUUGUUUAAUAGAUUUCUUCACGAACUCGCCGCAGUACACAAGGGGGAAGACUGGAGUGAGAUGCGGCGAUUUAGCUAUGUCAUUUAAGUCAAUAUUUCAAGAUGUGCGGAGUGCAGUAGACUUUGUCCAUAUACACGGUGAUCUCAAAUCGAAGACUAUAGAAAACCUGGAUCUGUACCUGAAGAAGGAUGAGAGGCUGCCAAUGUUCCUGUCUAGAAUAAGGGAGAGCGGAGCGAAGCUGUUUAUACUGACGAACAGCGAUUACAAUUUUACGGACAAAAUCAUGAAUUACCUGUUCGAUUUCCCGCAUGGAGCGCAAGUCAACGACCCUCACAGAAAUUGGAGGACCUACUUCGACUGGAUAGUAGUGGACGCUAAAAAGCCGCUGUUUUUCGGUGAGGGCACAACAUUGAGGCAAGUGGACACACGCACUGGAGCUUUGAAGAUGGGACACCAUGUCGGACCGCUGCAUGAAGGACUUGUUUAUUCGGGAGGCUCAUGCGACGUGUUCACGGAAUUGAUCGGCGCGAAAGGCAAGGACGUGUUGUAUAUAGGCGACCACAUAUUCGGCGACAUUCUCAAGUCGAAGAAGAUCGGAGGCUGGCGUACAUUCCUCAUAGUGCCCGAGCUAGUACAGGAGCUGCACGUGUGGACCGAUAAGUGUCAGCUCUUCGCGCAGCUGCAGAACCUCGACGUUCAGUUGGGAGAUAUGUAUAAAGAUUUGGAUUCGAGCACGAAAGAGAAACCGGACAUAUCGAAGCUGCGUGCCUCGAUACGCGACGUGACGCACAAGAUGGACCUCGCGUACGGUAUGCUCGGCUCGCUUUUCCGCUCCGGAUCGCGACAGACAUUCUUCUCUUCACAAGUUGUAAGGUACGCGGAUCUGUACGCAGCGUCGUUCCUAAACCUGAUGUACUACCCGUUCUGCUACAUGUUCCGCGCGCCCGCCAUGCUGAUGCCGCACGAGUCCACCGUCGCGCACGAACAGCGCUUCACUGUCGACACGCCCACCAUUGACCGGUCUAGACAUUCGAGCGUUCAACGUCCAUACACUAUUGGAUCGGAAGAAUCUUUGGAGGUAGCCGUCCCAACAAUUGAAACUAACGACGUGAAGGCUCAAGGAUCAGUUCCACACGUGAGACCGGAAACUCCUCGUCAGCUCACACACACCCACGACGAAGAUUGCUCCGACGAUGAAGACGUUUGCAAGGCGGGCCACAAUAAAUAA